GAAUUAUUUUAUGGCGCGUUUGUAGAUUCCUUCCUGUAAUACCAGCGUUACUCAUCUAAUCACCACUUAUUAUCUAACUCUUAUCUAUCAAAAUAUACUUAAAAUUUCUAUAUAUAUAUAUAUAUAUAUAUAUAUAUAUAUAUAUAUUUCUAAUUUGCUUCAUACAGCAUACAAAAUAAAAUAAUAGUUGCGCUAAAAUAAAAAUAUAAAAAUAAAAUGGCGCCAAAAAUAUUUUCAAAUUUUAAACCCACUAUAGAAAUCCCUCUUCUAUUGGUGUAUUUUGCUUUUAUGACAUAUGCUGGAAUUGUAACCAACUUAAUUUCAUUUAAAACAUGUUAUACUUUGGAAAACUACCCAAAAGAAAAUUGCUCGCGAUUAGGACGGUAUACAGACAACGCAACACUGGAUUUAGAAAAGACAGUACAGUCCAAAUCCACAUAUGUUCUUACUAUCACAGAAAUGAUUCCCUCAUCUGUACCGAUUCUCAUUUCUCUAGGAGUAGGCGCAUGGUCAGACAAGCAUGGAAGAAGACCUGCGCUGAUAUACACUCUCUGUUGUCUUUCUGUAGGAUUUGCUUCAUAUGUGAUUGUACUAUUAUUUGAUGAUCUCAAUCCAUACUACAUGAUGGUUGGAGCAAUACCAGCUCUGCUGUGUGGUGGGCCACUCACAUUUUUUAGUAUAGCAAUAUCUGUCAUGAAUGAUGUGUCUACAGACGAAAAUCGAGGUUUGACAAUGGCAGUAUUUGAAGUUAUAAUGGUAUUUUGUACUUGUUUUGGAACGUUGGCCAGCACUCCUCUAUUAUAUGCUACAAGUUAUGCUGCAGUUGGCGGUUUCUGCGCUGUUCUUAUAAUAUUAGCCACAAUCUAUACAUACUUUUUGGUACCAGAAUCACUUAAAGUAGGCGAGGAUAACAAAGCAACAGUUUCAAAUGUAUUCACGUGCAAAAACUUAACAGAAUUAUUCGUAGUUGCUGGCAGAAAAAGAUCGAACAACAAAAGAUUUAUUUUGUUAACUUGGCUUAGCAUUUUGUUUAUACUAAAUAUAAUAAAUUCAGGAGAAGGCAAUGUAAAAACUAUGUAUCUACGAAAUGUAUUUGAAUGGACUAUGACCGACAAAAAUGAGUUCACUGCUUGGGGUAGCGUAGUUGGAAUGGUGGCUACAAUUGGUCUUAUGUUCAUACUCUACAAAAAAUUGAAGAUGAAGGAAGCAUCUUUAGUUAUUCUGGGAUUUAUAAGUGCUAUUGGUUCUUCGCUUGUUUAUGCAUUGGCAAAAGAAAACUGGCACAUUUAUAUAACUGUCUUCAUUGGCAUAUUUGUAGGAAUGAUUAAUCCUAUGAUCCGAACUUCAAUAGCAAAGAUUCUACCCCGAGAUGACAUGGGAAAAAUAUUCUCUUUAAUCACUGUAGUUAAUAGUCUUCUGCAGAUGGUCAGUGGACUUAUUUACAGUCUUAUUUAUACCGAAACAAAGUCAGGAUUGUAUAACUAUGUCUCUAUUGGAUUUGAUGUAAUUGCUCUCAUACUUGUGCUUAGCAUUAUAUUAGUGAGCAGGCAAUCGAAUGAAACAGAGAGUGUUUCAACUAAAGAGGACGUUCAUGAAUCUGGUGAUGAAAAGACUAAUCAGGAGCUGAUUUGAAUAUGCUAGUUAAUUAUUACAUAAUAUUUAUUAUAUAAGUAUUUAUUUGAAAUUAAAUUUUUUAUAAUAUUAAUAUAUUUUU